ACUUCAAUUUAAUAUAACAAAUCUGAUCAAAACUUUUUAUACUGUGAUUCAAAUCACCGCAAUCAUUAUCAUCACAUCUAACGAGAGAAAUGGAGACAAUAUUAUGGACUUUAAUAUUGUUAAUAUCAACGGCCGGUGUAUUGUGCCAAUACGGGUCCAAUCAGAUUAUCGUUGAUUCAAAUCCAGUCAGCGCUUCGUAUGAUUUGUACCAAACAGUCAUAGAAAGGGAAUGUAUAGCCCAAAACAGCCAGGCCAGUCGGGGCCGGCUAUGGCCUGUGGGUCAGAGUAUUGAGAACUUCAUAGCUCAGGUCGAGCUGUUGGAGACACUCAUACAUAAUGGCACCGAUGCUAACCUCGGACAACAUAGGGGUGCCGAUAAUGUGGCCAAACUUUUGCUAAGAAGGUUCCGUUUCGAGGGCUAUGAUCCGUCAGCCCAUCCCUUAUAUAAGAAGCCGAGGGAAAUAAACAGUGAAGUGUUUAACAGCGCUAUACUAAAGCCGGUGACGGGUAGCUCUGAAUUACCGCAGGGCUACUACUUUCCCGAUCAGUAUUUCAGUAUAGAGGAGAAGUGCUCAAUGCAUCAGAUGCUGUCCCAUAAUAUCUACAAUUUAAACAAGGUCAGGCGGCCGGCAUACUCCCAGGUAUUUAGAGGCAAACGACAAGCCAUUAGUAACAGACAAAACUUGAAUCAAUACCAAAAUCAAUACCAAACCCCAAACCAACGCCAAACUAAUUGGCAAAAUGCGGCCCCAAAUGGGAAUAAUAACUACAAUAACAAUAACAACAACCGAUUGCCAAUCGCCUCCAACUAUGUGAACAAUUACGGCGUCAAUCGCACCCUAUAUCCCAUCAGAGAGGAGGGUGUCGUGAGUUUGCGGGCCAAUCAACUCGAGGCCAUAGCUGUGGCGCGAGUACUGCUCGGAGUGAUCGCCGGCUUAACACCGCAGGCGAAGACACAGACCCGGGAUAUCCUGAAGGCAGUGGGAUAUACGGAGACAAUUAAGGGUGAUUACGACAAACAGUUGGAUCCGGUGGCAGCCGUCACACUCGCAGACCUCUGGUCCGCCAAGAAUGACAAUCAAAAUAAUAAUCCCAAUAACCCGGAUCAGUCCGGUGCCAUACAGUUUAGCGAUUUGUAUGGCUAUGGCGCUGACGGCAAGUGGAGCUCCACGUCCUGUACGUCCCACUACGGUCUCGACAAGAUUCCGAUGAGUCAAUUGGAUCAGAUCGAUACUCUCUUGCCGUAUAUCAUCGCCACAAAGGCUGAGAUUAGGGGCGGUAUUGAUGGCUAUUUGAUUGGUAAGAAUCUUCGCAACAACUACAACAUGAUUGACGACCCCUCCCGACUCCGGUUGGCUACUAUACUGCGCGCCUACUAUUCAAAGCCGCAAACACCCAAAUCGACCACUUUUACGGCCAGUUAUUGCGAUCGACAGAAGGUUACCACUCAAGAGCUCCAGAAUAUCCGCGAAAGCGCCCAGACAUACCAGGGUCUCCUCGCCAUGAAGUUUGGUCUCAGAAUGCCUCCUGAUUUGUCCGAUAAGUUUCAGUCUGAGCUCAACAAUGCCAUCACUACUCCAGUUAGCGCCUGUUAUCGGUAUCCAAUACGGGAGCCCUUUAGGGCCUACGCUCUACAUCAUAGGCAACGGAGGACGUCGGGCACCGACUUCUGUAAUACACCGGGAGGUAUACUCGACAAGACAGCCCCCUGCGAGACCCCAUCGGACGUGAUCUAUAUAAUCGAUGGGUCGACACCACAAAAGCUGCAGCAGUCGGCCGACAUCGUGGCCGCCACUAACGCUAUGCUCAAUAACAUCCGCAGCGAUGGCGGAGUGAUCUCCAUAUUCCUCAACAGUCUCGGCAGUAAUGACAUCAACAACCCGCCAAAUAUGCCGCUCGGGAUAUGGCCUCUCGUGCCCGUCUCCUUCAACAGCUCCAACACCGGGUGCUCUCAGUGUCGUAUCGAUGACUUCAAUACAACGUCAAAGGGUGCGGCGAAUAACGCGGGGGUACUGUUCCGGGCACUGAACACCACUCUAUUCAACUACGAGUGGUGGAACCCCCGCACCAACCAGUCGGCCAUUCCCGCCAAGAGUGCGGUUCUCAUUGACUUCAAUUCCAUCGGACAAUUGCCGGAGUCGGGCGUCGAUCGCGACGACUAUAACUACUUCAAGGAUCAGCUCCGGUAUCGACACAGAGAUGUGCGCUUCAUAUCGGUGUCCUCACAGCCGGAGCUCUUUAAGGAUAUACUGCGCGAAGACACCGAUAGAGAGAUUCCCGGAAAUAAUGCCCAACAGAUCGGACAGAAUUUGGCCCAAAAGAUAUGCGAAAAUCCGGCGACUUUUCAGUAUAAUGCCUGUCAUGAUAGAAAGUCCGACGGUAUCCAAUACGUGGGUUAUAUAACACCCGGGUAUAAACAGAACUGGGCCAUGUAUCCAGAGUUUUUCCUAAGGAGUUUCAACAUUAAAUUUACUUUCAAACCAGAGGACGGAGAUAUCAAAGUGUGUUACGACCGGUCAUUCCCACCGGAAUGGCAGGACUACUGCAAGGAACUGAAGAAUGGUGAGGAACAGACCUUCGAGAUCAGCGAUCCCUGUAAAGGCAAAUCGUUUUCGUCGUGUAAACCCUUUUACUUCUCCGUUUGGGGCAAAGAGCGGACUUCCCAGUCCCAGUGCUUAGAGAAAGAGUGUAUGAAUUUGGACCAGAUCAAGUUUACUGUCAAACAUUCCGGUGUUCAGUGCAGUUCAUCCCUUCACAUCCAGCCCUCUGUUUCAUUUCAGUUCAUUUCAGUUACUAUUUUCUUCAUUAUAUACUUAUUUUUAAACAAAUGAUUUAAAGUCUAAGAAAAUAUUUUUAGCUUUUUAAAAUGUAUUUUGAUUUAUAAAUUAUACGAAACAAUAAUUUAUAUUUUUAAUUAUUGUUUUUAUAAGUGCUUCUGAAUUUGAUUAAGUAAAAGG